UUCUUUCAAUUUCGGGUGAGUCACGUUGGAAAACGUCAGUUUCUUGGCGAACUUUUCCGGUAUUUUACGGCUUGUACUAGAGUGAAAAUAGAACAUAAAAAGCUACACGUCACAAGACUAGAAAACAAUAACGAAAGAACUGCCAUUUAGUUUGAUGAGUGCAGUAGAUGUCAUCAAAUUGUGAUCAGGAGACGGUCCCAACGCCUCCAGCAGCGAAAAGAAGGAAAAUUUCAAAUUCGGACGGUGAAACAAACUCUGUGUCUCACGAAAAUCACUCAGGAGAUCAGACCUCAAGGUCAGACGAGAAUAUGGAUGGGCAAAUGCAGAUCGAUGAAGGACUUUACUCCCGUCAACUAUAUGUUCUUGGCCAUGAAGCCAUGAAAAAGAUGGCCACUUCCAAUAUUCUUAUCUCAGGUCUUAAAGGUCUUGGAGUGGAAAUAGCUAAGAAUGUUGUACUGGGUGGUGUGAAGUCAGUUACUCUUCAUGAUUCAGGGAAUGUGGAAAUGUCAGACUUGUCUUCUCAGUUCUUUCUUCAAGCUGAGGACAUCGGCAAGAAUAGAGCAGAAGUGUCUUUGAGCAGAAUUUCAGAACUCAACAGCUACGUGAACAUGUCUGUUUUUACUGAGCAACUGACAGAAGAAUUCUUAGGAAAAUUUCAGGUCAUAGUGCUGACACAAUCUCCUCUUGAAGAACAACUUUGGGUUGGAGACUUUUGUCAUGCAAGAGGAAUUAAGUUUAUAAUUGCUGACACAAGAGGAUUGUUUGGUCAAAUCUUUUGUGACUUUGGUGAGAGUUUCACAGUAGUGGAUACAAAUGGGGAGCAGCCAAUUAGUAAUAUGAUUUCUUCAGUUUCAAAGGACACUGAUGGUGUUGUGACUUGUUUGGAUGAACAAAGACAUGGAUAUGAAUCCGAUGACUAUGUCACAUUCUCUGAAGUACAGGGGAUGACUGAAUUGAAUCAAUGUGAACCAAGAAAAAUUAAAGUUUUAGGUCCUUACACAUUUAGUAUUGGUGAUACCAGUGGCUUAUCAGAUUAUGUUCGUGGUGGCAUUGUCACCCAAGUGAAAAUGCCAAAAGUAGUCAAAUUUAAAUCAUUUAGACAGUCUCUAAUGGAGCCGGAGUUUGUACUGACAGACUUUGCAAAAAUGGAACGACCUGCUCAGCUUCACCUGCUUGCAGUGGAAAAUUCAACCCAAUCUUUCAGCUACUCUACUUUGACAGUCUGGAGUGCUUGCCAGAGGAAGGAGACAUUUCUGAAGCUUCAUGCCAACCAACUGGAUCAAGAUACGAUGGUCAGAUUGCUGUUUUUGGAAGUGACUUCCAAAAGAAGUUAUCAGAUCAGAAGUUCUUCAUUGUUGGAGCUGGUGCUAUAGGAUGUGAACAUCUCAAAAACUUUGCUAUGAUAGGAUUGUCUUGCAGUGCUUCAGGACACUUGUUUGUCACAGAUAUGGACACCAUAGAGAAAUCAAACCUGAAUAGGCAGUUCCUGUUCAGACCGGCUGACGUCCAGAAAAUGAAAUCAGAAGUUGCAGCCAAAGCAGUGAAGGUGAUGAACCCUGAACUUAACAUUACAGCACACCAGAACAGAGUUGGACCCGAAACAGAAAAAAUAUACCAUGACGAUUUCUUUGAGGCACUUGAUGGUGUUGCAAAUGCCUUGGACAACAUUGAUGCUAGAAUGUACAUGGACAGGAGAUGUGUUUACUACCACAAACCACUCUUGGAAUCAGGAACUCUCGGGACAAAGGGAAAUGUUCAGGUUGUGCUGCCAUUUGUGACAGAAUCUUACAGCUCCUCUCAAGAUCCCCCAGAGAAAUCCAUUCCUAUCUGUACACUGAAAAAUUUUCCAAAUGCUAUUGAACACACUUUACAGUGGGCAAGAGAUGCGUUUGAAGGACUAUUCACGAUUCCAGUGGAGAAUGUCAACCAGUUUUUGAGUGACCCCAAAUUUGGUGAGAGAACAGACAAACUUCCUGGGAUGCAAGCGACUGAAAUCUAUGACAGCAUCAAGAAAUGUUUAGUUAGCGAGAGGCCAGUUGACUUUGCAGACUGUGUGAGAUGGGCCAGGUUACAAUUCCAGGAAAAUUAUGUCAACACGAUCAAACAACUCCUGUACAAUUUCCCUCCCGACCAGUUGACAAGUUCAGGACAGCCAUUUUGGUCCGGUCCCAAGCGAUGUCCUCAUCCACUGGAAUUUGAUCCGCGUGAUAAAACACACAUGGACUACGUCGUGGCUGCGGCGAACUUGAGAGCAUUCAUGUUUGGAAUCAAAGGUUCACGAGACCAAAAACUCGUACUUGAUUCUCUUAAGACGGUCAAAGUGCCAACGUUUGAACCGAAAUCAGGUGUGAAAAUUUCGGUAACUGACGAGGAAGCAGCUCAGGAGAACUCUGGGUCUGUUGAUCAAGACAUCCUUGAAGUGACAAAAGCUGCAGUUCUUGCCGUAAAGGAGCAGAUGCCAAGUUUUAAGAUGAAUCCUGUUGACUUUGAAAAGGAUGAUGACACGAACUUCCAUAUGGAUUUCAUUGUGGCAGCAUCCAACUUGAGAGCAGCUAACUACGAAAUCCCACCAGCUGACAGACACAAGAGUAAGUUGAUUGCCGGUAAGAUCAUCCCAGCUAUUGCUACUACAACUGCCUUGGUCAGCGCUCUGGUCUCACUGGAGCUGUUCAAGAUCGUUCAGGGAAAUAAGAAACUGGAGACCUUCAAAAACGGAUUCAUCAAUCUUGCUUUGCCAUUCUUUGGCUUUUCGGAACCAAUCACUGCACCGAAAAACAAGUAUUACGAAAACGAGUUUACACUCUGGGAUCGAUUUGAGGUUAACGGACGCAAGGAAGACGGAAGUGAGAUGACCCUGCAGGAACUUUUUGACCUCUUCCAGAACGAGCAUCAACUCGAAGUAACGAUGCUUUCACAAGGCGUUUGUAUGCUUUACUCGUUCUUCAUGCCUCCUGCCAAAUUGAAGGAAAGACUACAAACUAAAGUUUCUGAAGCGGUUGAAAAGGUAUCCAAGAAGCGAAUUAAACCUCACGUUAAGGCCCUGGUGCUCGAGCUGUGCUGUAACGAUAAAGAUGGAGAAGAUGUCGAGGUCCCGUAUGUGCGCUAUCGCUUCCGGUAGACUCACGUCUGAACACCUAAAUCUAGUUCCCAGUCGCCUACUUAAAAAGAACAGUAGAUAAUUAGAUGAAAUGUAUCCAAACGAGGCUAGAAGCCCGACGUUAGCAAUAUUGUACUAGAUCUGAAAACUUUUUUCGGUUGAGUUUGUUAGCACCAGAUGUGUGAAAGCAGUCUCAUUUAAUAAAGAAAACGACGUAAAUAGUAA